ACUCAGUUGAAGUUUGGAAACAAACCGACGAUUAAUGCGAAAGUGAGUCAAACGGUUACUCUUAAUCCGACACAAAAGGCACAGAAAAUCAUAGGAAUCGGGGGUUCGAUGACAGACAGCACCGGAUUCAACAUCAGAGCACUUCCUGAAGCCCUUCAGAACCACUUAAUUAAAGACUACUUUUCCAAUGAGGGACUCGAAUACAACUUAAUCAGAGUUCCCAUCGGAGGCUCAGACUUCUCAACCCAUGCAUACAGUUAUGAUGACAACCAUAAGGAUGACUUUGAGUUAACACAUUUCAAUCUCACUGAUGAUGACCGCAAUUAUAAGAUACCUUACAUGAAAUCUGCAUUAAAAGUGAGUCCCCAUAAAAUUAAAUUCUUUGGGAGUCCGUGGGCAGCCCCUGCCUGGAUGAAAAAUAAUAGUGAACUGGUUCAUGGCGGAAUACUAGCACAGAAAAUCAUAGGAAUCGGGGGUUCGAUGACAGACAGCACCGGAUUCAACAUCAGAGCACUUCCUGAAGCCCUUCAGAACCACUUAAUUAAAGACUACUUUUCCAAUGAGGGACUCGAAUACAACUUAAUCAGAGUUCCCAUCGGAGGCUCAGACUUCUCAACCCAUGCAUACAGUUAUGAUGACAACCAUAAGGAUGACUUUGAGUUAACACAUUUCAAUCUCACUGAUGAUGACCGCAAUUAUAAGAUACCUUACAUGAAAUCUGCAUUAAAAGUGAGUCCCCAUAAAAUUAAAUUCUUUGGCAGUCCGUGGGCUGCCCCGGCCUGGAUGAAAAAUAAUAGUGAACUGGUUCAUGGCGGGUACCUCAUUGGAGAGCCGGGUGAAAAAUAUUAUAAGACCUUUGCCAAAUAUUUCGUUAAAUUUCUCGAUGCUUAUAAAUCAAAUGGCCUGGAUAUAUGGGGCAUUACUAUAGAGAAUGAGCCCAAAGCCGGCAACACAAAGACUUAUAGUUUUAAUUGUCUGGGAUUUACACCAGAACUUCAACGCGAUUUCAUUAAGAAAGACCUAGGACCCAUUCUGGAGGCCGCAGGUUAUGGACCCAAUAAACUAGAUGUCAUGAUAUUUGAUGACCAAAGGGACCAAAUCGUCAAAUGGGCUAAUGUUAUACUGACCGACAAGGAUGCGGCCAAAUAUGUGGCCGGGACUGCAGUCCAUUGGUAUAACAAUAAGGACACGAAUGUUAUGGAAUUGGAUAAAACCCAUGCCAUCGACCCCUCCAAGUAUAUCAUAAACACAGAGUCGAGUAACUGUUGUCAUGACGUCGGCUGGUGGGGCAAUGCCGAGGCCUACGCCAAGGAUAUCAUUGUGGACUUUAAUCACUUGACUGCGGGAUACGCCGGUUGGAAUAUGGUGUUGAACAUGACAGGAGGACCAAGGUGGAAUGGGGGCAACGCCGAUGCACCCAUAGCUGUGGACGCCUCGAAGCACGAGUACUACAAACAGCCCUCAUUCUACAGUAUGGGUCAGUUCAGCAAAUUCUUAGCACCAGAUUCCGUGAAGAUUGGUAUCCAUGAAGACAAAGCCCUGACCCAUGUGUUCAGUACUGCCUUUGAGAGACCCGACGGAGGGAUUGUCGUCAUUGUCUUCAAUCAA